AUCAAAUUAAAUUUUCUGCAAAACAUACGACGACUCCUUUUAAAAAAAGAACGAACCCUUCUCUCUCUCUGUGUCACUGCGAUUUCUCUCCUCCGAGCCAACCAUCGAAGCUUUCCCCCCAAGAUCGAGGCUUCCGCACUCAGAUACCUCACUUCCCCGCUGCUCCAAUGGCCUGAAAUCCGCCGUUGACCGUGAAGAUUCCGUCCCGCCUCGAUCUGUAGAGCGACAGGCAGUUGUGCUCUGAGAUUCCUCGGCAAGGAUGUCGUCCCCGGACAAGGAGUUCGAGGAGCAGCUCGCCGAAGCUGGCAGGAAGCUCCUCGACCCCCCGUCCUCCGUGGAAGACCUCCUCCCCCUCCUCGACAAAGCUGAAUAUUAUCUAUCUAGAGUGGAGCAAUCGCCAAGCAAGUCAAUUGAAAGUGCCCUGUCUCCAUGUAUGAAGGCACUGGUUGCUGAUAAACUUUUCAAGCACUCAGACAUUGAUGUUAAGGUUGCUGUUGCCUCAUGCAUCAGUGAGAUAACCAGAAUUAGUGCACCUGAGGCUCCUUAUGAGGAUGAUGUGAUGAAGGAAGCUUUCCAGUUGAUUGUAUCAUCCUUUGAGCAUUUGGAUGAUAAUUCAAGCCGUUCAUAUGAAAAAAGGACCUCAAUUCUUGCAACUGUUGCAAAAGUGAGAUCAUGCGUUGUGAUGCUUGAUCUAGAGUGUGAUGCCCUUAUCCUUCAGAUGUUCGAGCAUUUCCUGAAGGCAAUCAGGGAUUAUCACCCUGAGCAUGUAUUUUCGUCAAUGGAGACAGUAAUGACCCUUGUCAUUGAAGAAAGUGAAGAUAUUUCUACGGAGCUGCUCUCUCCAAUCUUAGCUACUGUUAAAAAGGAUAAUGAGGGAAUUCUCCCUGCAGCCAAAAAAUUGGGGGAGAAGGUGCUUGAAAAUUGUGCAUCAAAGCUGAAUGCUGCUCUUGGCCAAGCAUUGAAAUCCUUGGGCACAAGUGCGGAUGAUUACAGUGAAGUCGUCAGUUUGAUAUGCCGAAACAAUAAUGCUGAGAAGAGCAGAGUUGAUGCAAAUGCUGCAGGAGAGCAUGAGGUGGACAAUGAAGCAACUUCUCCAAAAUCUGAGGUGAGCAGUGGUGUGAAGCAGACAGCAGAAGAUGAUCCUUCGACAGAUUCCAUUUCUGCUAAGAAACAUGAGAAUGCUGAUCAGAAAACUGAAAUGGAAAUCACUGGCGUCUCAAGCAAUGACAACCCUGUCAAAUCCGACAAUGGCAAGGAAAUUAAGACGGCACGUAAGCUCAAAAAAACUACCAGAAAACGAGGAAGGAAACAGAGUACAGUGAAGAAGUCAACUAAACCUGCUGACAAUACUCAUACUGAAGACGAGGAAGAAGCUGAGCAAUAUCUAGACAAUGAUAAAGAUGCUACAAGCGACAAUGAUAAAGAUGCUAAGAGCGACAAUGAUAAAGAUGCUAAGAGCGACCUUCCGAGUUCGCCAAAAGAGAAUCAAUCAGCUGAGGCUGAUCUGCCUUCAGAUGGUGAGAAGGAGGCUGAUGUUGCUCCUUCUUCACCGAAAGAAGAAGAAAAUGAGUCCACGGAUAUUUCUUCCCCAUCAAAGAGUGCAGAACCGAAGAAGAAAGAGAGAUCGCAGGAGGAAUCUGAAGGGCCGAGUGACUCAGAAGGAGAAGCACAUGCAGAAGAUGAAAAAAAGACUGAAGAUGAAGCUACUGAUGAGGAAAAAACUCCAGUUACUGGAAAAACCUCCAGAAAGGUAGGUGAAGCAACUGAUGAUAUGGAGACCGACUCAGUGAAGAAGUCAAGUCAGAAGGCACAGGCCAGCACUAUUGAUAAGGAUGUAGCCUCUACAAAGUCACUCAGGCAGAAAAAGGGGCCAGUGAAGGGAAAAGUAGGUCGUCCGAAGGAUAAGAUGAAUUCCUCCAAAAAGGAUGCUGAAAAGGAAGUGGUUUCUUCAUCAAAGUCGGGCAAAAAACGCCCAAGAGAUGAAGACCAGCCUGAUGAGACCCCAAAGAACAAGGUCAAAGGGAAGCGUACACCAGUAAAAGAAGUGGGAUCUGGUGGCAAAGACUAUGGUCAGGACCUGGUGGGUUCAAAGGUUAAAGUUUGGUGGCCUGAUGAUGCUGAAUUCUACAAAGGGGUGGUCAGUUCUUUCAACCCUGUGAGUAGAAAACACAAGAUAGUAUAUAAUGAUGGUGAUGUGGAGCUAUUGAGGCUAAAAAAUGAAAGGUGGGAGCUUAUUCAAGAUGAUUCGAGCUCGAGUGAGGAGCAAGAGGCGGAAGAAGGAACUCAUGAAUCCUCUCCUGACGUGCCUUCCAAGAAAUCCAUUGAAAAGACUCCUAAGGGCAAAGCUGUCAAAGGAGGUGGCCAACUCAAGAGGGGGAAAUCCGGGGGUUCAGUUAAGGGCAAGCCCAGUUCAUCAAAGCCAAAGGCAAAGCAGAGUGCGGAGGUGGAUGAAGAUUCGGAGGAAGGGUCUGAGAAACUCGUGGAGUCAUCAAAAACUUCGGGAAGCGGGAAGAAGCCUGCCAGCACUAAGACUCCGGGGAGUAAAACACCAGGAAGUGGAAUGAGGGGCGGGGGCUCAAAAACAGGAGGGAGCGGUGGAUCGAAGACUGGAUCAAGGACUGGGAAGAAGCGACGAAGGGGAGCUUAAUUAGGUGGUAGUAUUAGCUUAUUUUAAGUACUCGAUGAUUGUUGAUGGUGAAAGGGAAGCAAAGGUGUUUUUGAGUUUCGAUAAAUUUUUAAGGUUAAGGUUUAGGUUAGAGACUAGUUCUUAAGUUAUUCUGGGGCGCAGGUAAAAUCUGUUUAGGUUUCCUCCACGUUCUUACUUUAGAUUCGAGAUGCUUUUAUUUUGUAUUUAUUUAUUUUUUUCGGCUGGAGUAGAAUUUCUUUUAUCUUUUUUACCCCUAAUUAUUUAUUUAUUUAUUUAUAAACUUUA